UUUUACUUUGCAGCGUAUUCAACCCAUUAAACAUGCAACUCCGAUCCACCUCUCUUUUUAUUCAUUCAUCCAAGUACUUUUUGCAGCCACACUCAUUUCCCUCAAAACUCCUUUCAAACAUUUCUUCUCUCCCUUUCUCUCCUUGGACCCUCACUAGCUACCUUCUCUAGAACCAUCAAUUGUUAAGGGCGACACUUCCUUAAUUUCUCACCACCACACAGCUACCACCCUUUUACGCGGCGAGAUAUCGCUACUUUAUUUAAUAAUCGGUGCAUACGUUUAAAGCCAUCAGAGAAUCAACCUAGUUUAUUCAUUUUCUCAUUCAAAGCCUUAGACUUUUAGUCCACUCAUAAACCUUACAUUAGAAAGAACAAAAACCGAAGCAUCCCUCCCCAUAGUGUUUUGUAGCCAUGGAUUCCAAUUCCAACCAAAACACCACAUUAUUCACAAAUGUUGUUAACAACACUGGGAACAUGGGAACAUAUGAUCAACACAACAACACCAUCAUCCUCCAUGAUCACCAUCAUGAUCACCGCCAAAUUCCAAUGGGUGUUAGUGUUAACGUUAACUACCCCCACCACAUGCAACCCUCAUCCUCGUCCAACGUGGCACCCUCUUCUUCAAGCAACAACUUUCUGAGCGACGUGUUAGGGAUCCAUUUCGAAGAGGAGGAAGAGGGUGAAGAAGAGUUAGGAGCCAUGAAGGAAAUGAUGUACAAAAUGGCAGCGAUGCAACCCGUCGACAUAGACCCCGCAAGCGUGAGAAAACCAAAGAGACGAAACGUGCGCAUAAGCGAGGACCCUCAGAGCGUGGCUGCGAGACACAGGCGCGAGAGGAUCAGCGAGAAGAUCCGCAUCCUCCAAAGACUCGUCCCUGGUGGAACCAAAAUGGACACUGCUUCCAUGCUCGAUGAAGCCAUUCGCUAUGUCAAGUUCUUGAAGAGGCAAAUUAGGUUGCUCCAAUCACCACCGCCACCACACUCACAACUCUUACCAGUACCACCUUCAAUUAAUACUAGUGAUUGCCCUUUUGCACCAAUUUUAUUCAACGAUUCCUCCACCAGAGGCCUUGGCAAUGACGCUGAUUAUUCGAUCCGGUUUGAGCAAUCAUGAGCUAGCUAGCAUAGCGUGUGAGGGGAAAGGUUGGUUAGGAUAUUGUUGACUAAACUGGCUGAGGAAUAAUCAUAACGGUAGGGUUGGAUUACGUACAUAUCCUUAUUUGUAAGGUAUAUAUAUAUAAAGAAUGGAAUAAUGUAUGUGCUGUUUGGGAGUUAGCAGGAAAGUUUGUUUGGUUUACUCCCUUCACUGAAUAAUUUAAACUGUGACGUGAGAAAUUAUUGAAAUAAUGGAACACCCAUCUGUGCUCAUAAAUUCGCUUUCUCCUUUUCUCACUUUCUCCAUAUAUGUUAUCUUACUGCCCUUCCUCCCUCUCUCUCUCUCUUGCAUAUUUACACACCAUGUUAUAUGAAAAUCAGACUCAUCAUUGAGUUGAUAUUAGUUCACGAUUUAAAGUUUCGAUUGUGAUUAAGCCACGGUACUGAUGACGGUGAAUUUGGCAACCUUCUUGUAUCUUGUAUUUAAGGUCCGAGGUUUGUGUACCCUA